ACAAGGACAAUAAGGCAGAAAUAUAUAACAUAAUGAAGGAAAGUCAUGACUAUCGUAGGCUUGAAAUACAGCUGAAGCCUAUGACCUUAACUGACAUUUUAGAAAAGUACCCAAGGUUCUGUGAUGCUUAUGAGGGUGGAUUGAUUGACUGUGAAUUUGAGAUGAAUUACCCGAAGUGUAAGAAGUUUAUGGAAAUUUUUCCACCACUCAUUCAAAAAAUUCUUAAAAUGGAUCAGGAUUGUGUUCAGUGUGAUGAUGAUGGACUAAAGAGUCUUCUAGUUCUAUCGAAGAUUUUGCCACCUCUCAACACAAAGGGGAAGAAAGGACAAGAGCAGUGGGCAUUAUUUAAGUUUCAAGGGGCCGGCCGCAACGUUGGAUAUUAUGCUGAAACCAAGCCUCCAUCAUUGAGACAGCCAUUUUUAUUGGUCAUUGGUCCGAAAUCUGAUCCUGAGGAAUUCUUCUUAAUUCUUGACAAGAAAGCGGUGCCAGUUGGAAAUUCAUCAUUGUUGGCUUCUUAUAGACUGUUCGCUUCGUUUUGGAUUUUUGGAAUUGAGUACUAUGAAAAACUGGCAACUUUCUUCAAUUUUUUUGAAGCUAUUCUUUUCGGCAUGGAUCCCAAACCUUCAGUGGCCUCAUUGUUGGCUGCAUUGGACUUUGUGUAAAAAAAAAAUGAUCCUACAUAGACGGCUCAAAAUGAAAAUGUGCUUAUGCCGACCUUUGUAAUAUUUGUGUGUCCACUUUGUUUAUUUUGUUUUUAUACUGAUUUGGCCCUAUGUUAAACCAUCAUGUCAGAGUACGACUUGUUAGUUUAUACACUUUAUAAAAAAUCGAUAUGUAUACACGAAUUAUGCAGUGUCUCUUUUUAGCGUUCAAAAAUGCAGAUUGUAUAGCCCGAUGUUCAUCUCAAAAUGAGAUAUUUUUUCAGAACUU